CUCGCACGUUUGCGAUGGCCUUAGGGAUCGAUAUCCUCAGGUUGUUUAGUGUUUACUAACUUCAGGGUUCAGGUGUAGGAUAAACAAGUAUACACAACGUUGCCUUCAAGCGCAUCUGAAGAUAUCUUGAUAGCAUCGUAUUUGUAACUGAGAAGGCCUUCAAAAUGGGUAAAGUGAAAAGAUUGAGGAAGAAAUUUCAUUUAUCAAGAGAGGAGCCUGAAGUAAAAGAUGCUGGAAAUUUCACUGUCUCACUGAAGGAUGAAACUAUCCCACAGGACACAGAUACUUUAACACCCCUCCCAAACAUAUCAGAGAAUAACAUUUUUGCUGGAAUGGAUAUUAAAUUUGAAGACUUGAAGAAGGACCUCAGUUUUGAUGACUCAAGAAGUGUUGUCUCAGUUAGCAAGAGGGAAUUCAAAAACCGUAUUACAUCAAAGAAAGAAAGGCGACUUGCCAGGCAUGAGACCUUCAUUAGCAAAAUAAAUGCAAUUCAAAAGUUGAAGAUAGAGGAGAAGGAAAAACGACGACGUCAGAAAAGAGCAGUAAUAGGAGAUUUAAAGGCUCUAGUUGAUGCUCUGCCAGCCAUUGAAUGUCAUAAAAAUAAAGAAAGAAAAAGACCUGCACCUAAGAAGAGAUCAGUUCCAAAACUAAAAUGGAGGCAGAAAAAUAUGUUACAUGAUGUUGCCAGUUUUAAGAGGCUGCUUCACGACCCCAGUUUUAAAAAGGACCCAUCAGCAGCUGUUGCAAACCUCAUUCAGGAAAAGAUCAAACAAAAUGUAGAGAACUCUUAAUAUAUAAUGUACUAAUUUAUACAGUAAAUUAUUGCAUAUUAUUGUACAUAUCUCUCUUCAGAUUAAAAACAAUUUUAUGAACUGUU